AUGCCAGCUGCGCGCCCCCGUGCUUCGUUUGAACCGAUUCCUCCAGAUUUUGAUGUCCGCGCGUUUGUCGAAACUGCCGACAAUUUCCAAUAUGUUGACCGAAUUUCCUAUGAGAUGAUUGCAAGUAAUGGCGUGGAGCAAUUCGAGAAACUGGUGCUAUUGCAUGUUGUACUUGGUGGAAAACCACUGGUAAUUGACGGCUUCGAGGAGGUACUGGAUCCAUGGACCUUCACCCCAUCGUGGUUGCGCGACAAUCAUGGCGAUAAAGUCGAAAAUGCGUGCAACCUAUCUGCCAAGGAGAAUAUACCUCUCACGAUCAAGCAUUAUCUCAAACACAUGACGAAGCUCACAGAACAGUUCUUCGAAGCACCAGAGCGAUACCGUGACAAGAAACGCCAGCGAAUCUACCUGAAGGACAUUGAUUGUCCUCAAGUCUGGCACGACAAGUUGAAAGAGCACAUACCUUCCGGGUUAUUCUACCUCAAUGAUACCACCGGCGAAGUUGGAGGGCCAGGCGCGUUGUACGAGCCUGGAGGCCGUAAAGGCCGUGGUAUUGCACGUGCUGGUGAUCUUAUGAGCAGCCUCCCACCCGAGAUGCGCGCUGAGAAUCUGAUGUGCUAUAUUGGACAUGAAGGAACCUACACACCAGCGCAUCGGGAAAUGUGCGCAUCGCUGGGCCAGAACAUCAUGGUCAACGCUUCUGGGCAAAUAAGCGAAGAUGGCAAGCCAGAGCGUCCGGGCUCAUCCCUCUGGUUCAUGACGGAGACCAAGGAUCGCCACGUUGUGUCUGAAUAUUGGCUAUCUGUCUUGGGCCAUGACAUUGAAGUCGAAAACCAUUUUGCGCAACUCAUAGCCUGGAAAAAGGCGCCGUUCCGUACUUACGUCGUAGAGCAGCGACCUGGAGACUUCAUUCUCAUUCCCCCACUAGCACCACACCAGGUGUGGAACCGCGGCACUCGAACCAUGAAAAUCGCAUGGAAUCGCACCACCGUAGAAACUCUUGAACUCGCUUUGAACGAAGCAUUGCCUAGUUCACGAAUUGUAUGUCGUGACGAGCAGUACAAGAACAAGGCUAUUGUCUACUACACCUUACAGAAGUAUUCCGCACUAAUCAAAUCGGCUCGUGCUCAGGUUGAGGCAGGUGGUGAGCAGUCUAUCGCUAUUCAGCGAUCAUCAAAGAUUUCGAAAGUGCAGAAGGAUUUCAAGAAGCUCUUCGACCUCUACAAGACCAUUAUGCUUUCGGAAAUGUUCAAUCCAGACUCUCGCGAGCACACAGAGUUUUUACCGUAUGAUAGCUAUGUUACGUGCGCGUACUGUAGAUGCAACAUCUUCAACCGCUUCCUGAGUUGCAAAUCGUGCAAGAACCUGUUCAGCUCCGAGAUAGAAGAGCCAUACGACGUUUGCAUGGACUGCUAUUGCAUGGGUCGCAGUUGCGGAUGUCAGUCAGGCUAUACUUGGGUCGAACAGUGGAAGUGGAAGGAUCUGGUACACAAAUACGAAGAGUGGCGGGCUCAGAUCAUAGAUAUUGAUGGCCGUAUGACCGAGACAACACCGCUCCCACUGCAGGAGGAGCGUAGAUAUCUUGGCAAGAAGACAUUGGCCCAGGUGUGUCAAGAACAGCUCCGCGCGCGUCCGUUUGUCGACAUCAAGAAUCCACAACGAGAGGGAACAUCGGAGGACGAGGAACCUGUUGUAGACGAGUACGGCAUGGUCAAGAAGGUCACGAACAAGAAGUCGAAACAAUGGUUGAACAAGCACAAGUCCUGCCACUUUUGUCUCCAUCGACAUCCCACGUGGAAAAUGGCCUUUUGCACUAACUGCGAUUUAUCGUAUUGUUAUGGCACACUCUUCCGGGCCCACGACCUUAUGCCUAUAUCCAUCAUGGAAGAUCCCAACUGGAAAUGUCCCCACUGCAGGCGCGUCUGCAAUACCGGCGCAUGUCGACGCGACCCUAGACAACAUCCAUAUGAGCCCAAAGGUACCCUUCUCGGACAUGAUACCAAGAAGGUCGCAGACCCGCGCUCAGUGGAGUGUUUGGUUGAUUUCAGUGUUUCAAACCUCAAUUGGCUACGUGAGGAGGAAGGUAUUGCUCAGACUCCUAUGCAGCGGCGAAUGCAACAGGCCGAGAUGGAUAAGUUAGCUGAUCCCUCACUCGAUGCGCGCUUUAUAGAAGAAGAAAACGGCUUGACUCGAUAUGGCAUCACCUAUUCACCAGUAGAAGAUGCGAAUGGAAACAUCAACGAGUCAGGCGACGGUGUACUGGCAGGUCCAUUCAAUAACGAAGCCAAUAGCGGAUCAUACUAUCCUGGUCCCGACAUUGAUAGAGAGAUACCGCGACUAGGUCAAAAGCGAGGACUUGAUGAUGAAGACGAUGAUGAUGGCAACCACAGUCGCAGAAAGAAGAAACAGAAGAAAAAGAAAAAAGAUGCAGCCACGCAGCCGUUGCAACCUAAGAACGUAUCUGGUCAGCAGUAUCAGAAAGAGGUGGAGAGAAAACUCUUGGAGGAGGCUAAGCGUGAAGAUAGAGCCAUUCUAGUUGCUGCAAGAAUGAAGGGGAAGUCGAAGAUUGUCACGCUCUCAUUGAGUACAGGCCAUCUUCAGAUGCUCCGAGAUAGGCAGACGUCUGAACGUCCACAAGUUAUGCCGCAAAGGACGCCUGAAGAAGCUGAUAUGCUCGGGAACAUGCGGUCGAUCCUUCAAUCAGACGUAUUAUCGAAGCCUAAUGCUGAUAAAAGUAUCGCUGGUAAAGACAAGGAUGCAAAAACAUAUCGCGUGCGCGUGGAAGACGAUGGGGCUUACUCAACGCGAAAACGCAAUCCUGACUUAGGUGGUCCUGUCAGGCCCGGUAGACCACGUGGACACUUCGAGGAGAUUACGCUUGACUCUGACGAGGAGUUUGCGGAUGAAAACGAUGACAACGAUAUCGAGUAUACUUGCCGUUCACGUGGGCGAGCCUCCAAUUGGCUUGCGCGGAGAAAUGAGGGUGAAGAGGACCUUCCCACAGAAUUGCCUGCUGACUUCAGGGAUGGCGACGUUCGACCUAAUCGUGAGAAGGAUCGAGAACGGAAGCGCCAAUACAAUGAGCGAAGGAAGGCUAUGCCUCCCAAGCCGAAAGCCAGAAUUCGGCCUGUGAGUCGACCAGCAAAGGAGCCAGGUUAUAACAGCACUGGUGGCAUGUCUGACGAGGACGGCAUCCACGAGGAAGAUGACCACAACUCCGAAUCUAACCCAAUAGCACGGUACGCAGCAGCGGCUGCACUGGAAGCUCAACAGAAGGCUGAGGCUAAAGCUAAAGCCGAGGAAAAACGUGCUGCCGCUGUUGCUCACGAGGUCGAAGAGAAUUUGCGCACAAAGAUGGCCUUCGUCACGGAGUCUGAUGAAGAACGUCUCGACAUCAACAAAGUUCUUGGCAAUCUUUUCGACGGAGAUUCGGUCAUGGGCGAGGAGUUCUCGGAUGAUCAAGGCCCCCCGAUUGCUUCUGCAGGGCCACCACAAGUGUCCAAUUCGCUGCUCAAUAGGCCUGGCAUGGCUGGCAAGAGCAUUAAGAUUGUGGGGAGUACGAGCAAAACGUCGCCAGGCGGCCGCUUCACAAGUGUCAACAAGAAGGCUGUCUUGCAGGACAUAUCUGAAUCUGAGAGUGAGUUAGAUGUACUGGCGACUGCACCCAUACGCAAAAGGCCUGGCCGACCGCCUGGUGGAGGCCGAGGCCACGUUGUACCGACGAGAGGUAGAGAUACUCCAAAGCGUGGUCGAGGUCGUCCGAGGAAGACGACGUAG